AUGGAGGAGGGCGCGGCCGCGAGCAUGACCGUGGGGGAGAAGCGGGUGGCCGUCGACGUUCCUGCAGGCGCUGCCGCGGCGGCGAACGGACACGGCCCAGAGGAGAAGGCGGCGGAGGAUGUUCCGGCGCCGUCUGCAUUGUCCGGCUGGCCCAGGACGACAGGGAUGUAUCUCUUCGUCAUGAACAUCAGGAGUGUCUUCAAGCUCGAUGAGCUCGGGUCGGAGGUGCUGCGCAUUGCGGUGCCGGCGUCGCUUGCUCUGGCCGCCGAUCCCCUCGCCUCCUUGGUGGACACAGCAUUCAUCGGACGUCUAGGUUCGGUGGAGAUAGCAGCUGUUGGUGUUUCUAUUGCCAUAUUUAACCAAGUCUCGAAAGUCUGUAUCUACCCGCUCGUUAGCGUAACAACAUCAUUCGUCGCUGAAGAAGAUGCCAUCAUUAGCAAAUACAUAGAAGAAAAUAACAGCAAAGACCUUGAGAAAGCCGCUCAUGUGCAUUCAGAUGCCUGCAAUGUGCCCGCAUCUGGUGGUGAUACUCCAGUGUGCGCUAAUUCUUGUAUACCCACAGAGUGUGCUGAUCCCUCCAAUCAAGGGUGCAAGAGAAGGUACAUACCUUCUGUGACAUCGGCUCUAAUCGUUGGCUCAUUUCUCGGGCUAGUCCAGGCCGUGUUCCUCAUCUUUUCGGCGAAAGUUGUGUUGGGCAUCAUGGGUGUGAAACAUGACUCACCAAUGCUAGAACCCGCGGUUCGAUACCUAACGAUCAGAUCACUUGGCGCUCCUGCUGUUCUCCUGUCUUUGGCAAUGCAGGGUGUUUUCCGAGGCUUCAAAGAUACAAAGACACCGUUGUAUGCUACCGUGGUUGGAGAUGCAACAAAUAUCAUCCUAGACCCAAUUUUGAUGUUUGUUUGCCACAUGGGUGUCACUGGUGCAGCAGUUGCUCAUGUCAUUUCCCAGUACCUGAUAACCAUGAUCUUAAUAUGUCGGCUCGUCCAGCAAGUUGAUGUUAUCCCACCGAGCCUUAAAUCCCUGAAAUUUGGGCGGUUUCUUGGGUGUGGAUUCCUGCUGCUCGCGAGGGUGGUAGCAGUGACUUUCUGCGUCACUCUGGCGUCGUCGCUGGCUGCCCGCGACGGACCAACCAUCAUGGCGGCCUUCCAGAUCUGCUGCCAGCUCUGGCUCGCGACGUCACUUCUCGCCGAUGGAUUGGCCGUUGCUGGACAGGCAGUGCUCGCAAGCGCGUUCGCCAAGAACGAUCACAAGAAGGUGAUUGCCGCGACCUCUCGUGUUCUGCAGCUGAGCAUCGUUCUGGGGAUGGGUCUCACGGUGGUGCUCGGUCUCUUCAUGAAGUUCGGCGCCGGCGUUUUCACAAAGGACGCCACUGUGAUCGACGUCAUCCACAAAGGCAUCCCGUUCGUCGCCGGCACGCAGACGAUAAACGCCCUGGCGUUCGUGUUCGACGGCAUCAACUUCGGAGCACAAGACUACACCUACUCUGCAUACUCCAUGGUUGGGGUGGCGUCCAUAUCCAUACCGUGCCUGGUGUACCUCUCUGCGCACAAGGGAUUCAUCGGCAUAUGGGUCGCAUUGACCAUCUACAUGAGCCUCAGGACCGUAGCCAGCACCUGGAGGAUGGGGGCAGCGAGAGGACCAUGGGCUUUCCUCCGGAAGUGA